GUAUGCGAAGCUCCUAUGCCAUCAGCCCAGAUCAUGUCUUUGCACGAGCUGCAUAAGAAUGGAAUGAAAUGGUUCUGUUUGGAUUGUGCCAGCGCGCAGAUGGAUGAGGUUGAAGCUAUGAAGCAUUACUUCACCGUGCACGUCAAGGUUGCGGAGCAGAAAUGUGUUGAGAGAGGUCAGCUGUUCCGACCAUUACACUAUGAGCUGCAAUGCCCAUUUCCAAAAUGUCGAGAGCCGUUGUCAACUCUUACGAAUCUUCGGAUUCACAUAAAUAAUAAGCACAGGGCGGAAACUGCGUAUUCAUCGAGUGCAUGUAUGUUUCGAUUCUGUUCACCAUUUGCGAAAGCGAAACAUGAUCAACAACACUCGAGCUACGAAAGUGUGAAUGGUGUGGAAGGAACCUGCUGCCCACUUUGUGGUACACUGAAUCAAUGGAAUAUCCAGAUGCCUGGAUCAACGUACACAAUGAGCCACAUUGCUGUACAUGGUCUGCGCCGUUAUCACAUGUGUCGCGAUUGCUUUGUCUGCUUCAAAGGAGAUUACGAUGUUAUGACUUGA